GAUCUCACUAAGGAUAGCUCAUCUUCCGAGUCGUCUUCUAUUAGCCGCAAGAAAGCUAAACUCCAUGACACCCAAGCGGGUGAUCCCUUCAGAACACCUUACAUCUCCGAGGAGGAAAGAGUAAGACUCGACAAUCGAUGCCGACUUAACGAUAUCGUAAGAGAGCACCUUGAUGGUGACAGCAUGGUCUAUGAUAGACUUCCCCCGAAAAAGGGCCGAGGUCGAGCUUCCGGGGAGGGAGCAGUCGUCAAUCCUAGCGAUUUUGAAAUGUCUGGCGCAUUGGUGACUGGUUCGAUUGAGGAGUUAUUUAGCGAGGUUCCGUCUAGUUCGUAUGGAUCGUCUAGCUUUUCAGGUUUCUCCUCAUCCGACGCAGAGAGCAGUGGAGGUUGUAACGGCGGCCCUGGCGGCGCUUUCGACGAGGAUUACCAAGACUGUCCUGGUGAGGUUGAAGCACCUGAAGCUGAAGAGUUUGAGAAUGGCAAGUCGGGUGAUGGUGGAUUUGACCUAGAGGUUACCCACGAUGACUUGCUCAAAGAAGGCCAGAAGGAUUGUCCAACUAGUGAGAUUUCUUUGCCGCAACUCAUUACACCUACUCGCCAGCAACGCUCGUCUUCCUUUGUUCCUAGCCCCUUUACGCCUAGAACAAUAAUGCCCAGCUCAGUUAUGACCGGUAUCAACCAGUCUAACAGCCCGGAUUCGCCUACUCUGCACACAAGACAUUUUCAGCGAAUUCUGUCAGGAGAAAUCGCGCCUCGCGUUCAGACUACGACACCUCAACCCACCGGAUCCAUCAACCGAGCUACAACCAAUAUCCCUCCUAGUUUCACACCCGUAAUUCCGGGUACUAACGCUCAGAGCUACGAAUAUAGUGAUGAGGAAGUCAAGGGUGUUGGUUUCAAGCCUAAUGCAAAGGCCCCGGGCCGUAGUCGCUCAAAAACGCCAGUCUCUGCACCGCAGCCCUAGGCGGAUCUCGGUAGCGGAAGUUCUUGUGAAGGCACGACUGUUGGUCUACACCAGACACAGUCAGAUGGCCGCGUGAGAACUCAGAAGACUCUUGCACCUGUUUAUAAUAGACGACACCCAGAUCCUACUUC